AUGAGCGAUAGGACGUGGGGUGGGCUGAAGGCCCUGCUGCUGCUCCUCCAGCUGGGCUGCGCCAGCCCCACCCUCGUCAGCGUUAACCGUGGGCUCCGGGUGCCGAAGGGCGGCUCGGCCUUCCUACUGGGAGAUGACCUGAGGUUUGCCAUCCCCAAAGAGAAAGAUGCUUGCAAAGUGGAAGUUGUGAUGAACGAGCCCAUAACCCAGAGGGUUGGGAAACUCACUCCACAGGUCUUUGACUGCCAUUUCCUUCCCAAUGAAGUAAAGUAUAUUCACAAUGGUUGCCCAAUUCUUGAUGAAGACACAGUGAAGCUUAGACUUUACAGAUUUACUGAAACAGACACCCUCAUGGAAACCUUUAUCCUGCGGGUCUAUCUCCUGGAACCAGACUGUAACAUCAUCCGUAUGAGUGACAAUGUGCUAGAAGUGUCUGAAUUCUAUGGUCUGUCCCAAGCCAUUGAUAAGAACCUGCUCAGGUUUGAUUAUGAGAGGACAUCAAGCUUGGAAUGUACAGUCAGGCUGGACCCUGUGGGAACUCAGCUGCCAGCCCACGGUCAGAUGGUGCUGGUGGAGCCGUGGCCAGAGGAACCUCGUGGAGAUCAGCCACACAGUUUUUUUCCUGAAUCUCAACUGCGAGCAGACCUGAAGUGUCCAGGUGGAAGCUGCACCCUGGGACUGAAGAAAAUAGGAAGUGUCACAGUGAGCUGUGAGGAGUUCCUGCUGAUGGGGCUUCGCUAUCAACAUAUGGACCCCCCUUCUCCUGACCUUGAUUAUAUCUCCAUCCAGCUAGACCUCACAGAUAGCAGGAGUAAAAUCGUAUACAAGUCAGAGCGUGCGUGGUUGCCUGUGCGUAUCAGAGCGGGCAUUCCUAAUCAGACUCCAAGGGCUGCAUUCAUGGCCAUGUAUAUUCUGGAAGUGGAUCAGUUCAUUCUGACCUCUUUGACAACAGCAGUUCUGGACUGUGAAGAGGAUGAGACCCCCAAGCCCUUACUGGUAUUCAACAUUACUAAAGCCCCACGCCAGGGCUAUGUGACGCACCUGUGGGAUCACACCAGACCGGUCUCCUCAUUUACCUGGAAGGACCUAAAUGACAUGCAGAUUGCCUAUCAGCCACCCAACAGCAGCCAUUCUGAGAGGAGACAAUUUGAGGUGGAGGUGGAGGUAUAUGACUUCUUCUUUGAAAGGAGCGCACCUAUUACAGUCCACAUCUCCAUCAGAACAGCAGAUACAAAUGCCCCGCGAGUGUCCUGGAACACAGGUCUGAAUCUCCUGGAGGGGCAGUCUCGGGCCAUCACUUGGGAACAGUUUCAGAUUGUUGACAAUGAUGAUAUUAAUGCUGUCCAGCUAGUCACCGUGGGUGGCCUGCAGCAUGGACGGCUUACACUUAGAGGGGGGAAAGGAUUUCUCUUCACUGUGGCUGACCUUCAGGAUGGAGCUGUUCGCUAUCAUCACGACGACAGCGACUCCACCAAAGACUUUGUAGCCUUCAGAAUAUUCGAUGGGCACCACAGCAUCCUCCAUAAGUUUCCCAUCAACAUCUUGCCCAAAGAUGACAGUCCCCCGUUCCUCAUAACUAAUGUUGUGAUUGAGGCGGAGGAGGGGCAGACCCUCCUGAUCCAGGGCUCGAUGCUGAGAGCUUCAGACAUGGACUCCGGGGACGACUACAUCUUCUUUAACAUCACAAAACCCCCUCAGGCUGGUGAGAUCUUGAAGAAACCAGGGCCAGGACUGAUAGGCUAUCCUGUCCCUGGCUUUCUUCAGAAGGAUCUGUUUAAUGGCAUCAUUUACUAUCGUCACUUUGGUGGAGAAAUCUUUGAAGAUUCUUUUGAAUUUGUCCUGUGGGAUAGCCAUGAACCUCCUAAUCUCUCAGUGCCACAGGUGGUGACAAUCCACGUCACUUCAGUGGAUGACCAGCUUCCAAAAGAGGCUCCUGGAGUUUCUCGCCACUUGGUUGUCAAGGAAACUGAGGUGGCUCACAUAACUAAGAAACAUCUACAUUAUAUGGAUAUGGAAUCAUAUGACAGGGAACUGCUCUACACAAUAACGGUGCCUCCGUUUUUUUCCUCCAGUCAUAGACACUUGGACGCUGGGAAAUUAUUCAUGGUGGACAGCAUACCAAAGCUAACCAAAAAUCCUGCAGCCCCGGGGUUGCGGUCAUUCACGCAGGAUGCUGUGAACUAUAUGAAAGUGGCCUACAUGCCACCCAUGCAGGAUAUAGGCCCCCAUAAACGACAUGUACAGUUUACAUUUUCCAUUGGAAACCAGCGUGGUGGCACUUUGCACGGGAUCUGCUUUAACAUCACAAUAUUUCCAGUGGACAAUCAAGUUCCUGAGGUACUUACCAACCCCCUGAGAGUGGCUGAGGGAGGUCAAUGCAUCAUCAGCACAGAGCAUAUCCUGGUUUCCGAUGUUGAUACUGAACUAGACAAUAUCAACAUCUCCGUGCAGAGACUGCCUCAGCAUGGAUGGGUGGAGCUGAAUGGAUUUCCUCUAAAUACAGGGUGCACAUUUUCUUGGGGAGACCUCCAUGCCUUAAAAGUUAGGUAUCAACAUGAUGGAUCCGAGAUACUUCAGGAUGACAUGCUCUUGGAAGUCACAGAUGGCACAAAUUCAGCAGCAUUUACUCUACAUGUUGAGGUAUUCCCCGUAAAUGAUGAGCCACCAGUCCUGAAGGCUGGUCUCAUCCCCAUGAUGCACUGCUCAGAGGGCGGAGAGGUGGUUGUCACCUCUGAAUAUCUUUUUGCUACUGAUGGGGACAGUGAGGACGCGACACUGCUGUUUGUGAUUGCGCGAGGACCUCGGCACGGCACAGUGAGGAGAGCUGGCAUCACAGUGCCUCAGUUCUCUCAGGGAGAUGUGCUGUCAGGGGCUGUGACAUACAAACACACAGGUGGUGAAAUUGGCCUGGUGCCUUGUUUUGACACCAUUACAUUGGUGGUUUCGGAUGGAGAAGCUGGCCCUCCUGUGAAUGGCUGUUGCUACAGUGGACCUCAUCCACCUGUUCCUCUUCAUGAGUCCUUUCCAGUGUAUGAUCUCAACAUCACAGUACAUCCAGUAGACAACCAAUUACCUUCAAUUGUGAUAGGUACCAUGUUCGUUGUAGAUGAGGGUUUCUCAGCAGCCCUUACUAUUAACCAUUUAUCAGCCACUGACCCGGACACUGCGUCUGAUGACUUGGAAUUUAUUUUGGUUUCUUCUCCCCAGUUUGGCUACCUUGAAAACACACUCCCUUCUGCAGGUUUUGAAAAGAGCAAUAUGGGAAUAAGCAUAGUUUCGUUUCAGUGGAAAGACAUGCAGGCUUUACACAUUAACUAUGUGCAGUCCAGGCAUCUGAGGAUGGAACCAACAGCUGACCAGUUCACGGUGUAUGUCACAGAUGGGAAGCAACGCUCCUUGGAGAUACCAUUUUACAUUAUAAUCAACCCUACAAAUGAUGAAGCUCCUGACUUAGUAGUGCAGAAUAUUACUGUAUGUGAGGGCCAGAGGAAAGAGCUGGAUUCUUCAGUCAUCAGUGCUGUUGACCUGGAUGUCCCCAAGGACCCUCUGCUACUCAGCAUCGCUCACAAACCACGUCAUGGCCUCCUCAUCAACCGGGUAUUUAGCAAAGGCUUUCCUCAGUAUAAGCAGCCAGCCAACCUUGGCCAGAAGCAUGAACUUGUUCACAACUUUUCCUUGGAACUUCUCAAGAAUGGAAUGAGUUUGACGUAUGUGCAUGAUGGCACAGAGAGCCUUGUUGAUGACUUUACAGUCCAGUUGUCAGAUGGGAAACAUAAGAUACUUAAAACCAUUUCAGUAGAGGUCACCCCAGUUAAUGAUGAGAAGCCCACACUGAGCAAGGCGGCUGAAAUUACAGUGAAUAUGGGUGAGACUCGUAUUAUUUCUAGUGCUGUUCUUUCAGCCAUAGAUGAAGACUCACCCAGGGAGAAGAUUCACUAUUUAUUUGAAAAGCUUCCUCAAAAUGGGCAACUUCAGCUUAAGAUAGGGAGGGACUGGGUCCCUCUCUACCCUGGCAUGAAAUGCACUCAGGAGGAAGUGGACCUGAACUUGCUGAGAUACACACAUACCGGGACAGUGGACUCCCAGGACCAAGACAGCUUCGCCUUCUACCUCUGGGACGGUGACAACAAGUCACCAGUAUUUGACUGUCACAUCACCAUCAAGGAUACGGGAAAAGGUGAUAUUGUUAUCUUUACAAAACCCCUUGUGGUGCCAAAAGGUGGCAGAGGCUUCUUGACGACCACCACUCUCCUUGCUGUGGAUGGAGCAGACAAGCCUGAGGAGCUGCUGUAUGUCAUCACCUCCCCACCGCGACACGGCCAGGUCGAAUAUGUCCGCCAUCCUGGAAUCCCCAUUACAAGCUUCAGCCAGAUGGACAUAGCAGGACAGACAGUGUGCUAUGUACAUAAAAGCAAGGCACCUGUCCCCGGGGACACUUUCAGAUUCAUCAUCAGCAACGGACUGCAGACCAAGCCCGGGGCGUUCGAGAUCACGCUGGAGACUGGAGACAGGGCCUUACCCACGGUGACCAGGAACAAGGGUUUGAGGCUGGCAGAAGGGGCCACGGGCCUGCUCACCACUGACCUCCUUCAGCUGACGGACCCCGACACUCCGGUGGAGAAGCUCACCUUCCUUUUGGCACAGCUCCCACGGCAUGGCCAGCUCUACGUGCGCGGGACGGUGCUUCCUCAGCAUGGCUUCACCCAGCAGGAUGUGGACAGCAGGAACGUGGCCUACAGGCACUUGGGAGGGGACUCGCAGCUGGACCGCUUCACUUUUGUGGCCACAGAUAGAACAAACCAAGGCUUUGUUGUGGAUGGGAGAGUGUGGCAAGAACCUGUUUCAUUCACCAUCAAGGUGGACCAGCUGGACAAAACAGCCCCUCACAUCACAUAUUUGCAUUCCCCUUCUCAAGUGGGGCUCCUGAAAAAUGGCUGUUACGGGAUUUACAUCACUUCCCGCGUGUUGAAGGCUUCGGACCCUGACACCAAUGAUGAUCAGAUCAUCUUUAAGAUUUUACGAGGCCCCCAACAUGGACAUCUGGAGAACACAACAACAGGUGAAUUUAUCCGUGAGAAAUUUAUCCAAAAGGAUUUAAACAGUAAGACCAUUCUUUACAUCAUAAACCCAUCUUUGGAAGUUAAUUCAGACGUCAUAGAGUUUCAAAUCAUGGACCCCACAGGGAACUCUGCCACUCCUCAAAUUUUGGAACUGAAGUGGUCUCAUGUUGAAUGGUCACAGACUGAGUAUCAGGUCUGUGAGGAUGUGGGCGUGUUGCCCUUGGAAAUUACCAGAAGGGGAUAUUCCAUGGACUCGGCCUUUGUGAGUGUAAAGGUUAACCAAGUGUCAGCUACAGUUGGAAAAGAUUUCACCCUGACUCCAUCUAAACUGAUUCAGUUCGAUCCAGGAAUGUCAACUAAGAUGUGGAAUAUAGCAAUUACCUAUGACGGAUUAGAGGAAGAUGAUGAGGUCUUUGAAGUAAUUCUGAACUCCCCUGUGAAUGCUGUUCUUGGCACAAAGACAAAAGCUGCGGUGAAAAUUUUGGACUCAAAAGGAGGACAGUGCCAUCCUUCAUAUGCCUUCAACACAGACCAGCACAGUGCAGGGGGGAAGGGCAUUUGGCGCCCACUGUCCCCGGGGUCUUCCUCACCUACCACUUCUGGUUCCUCUCCUCUGGAAAGGAGACCCCUUCCAUCUUCCAAGCAACUAGCAGUCAUCAGAGGGCACAGCCUGCGGAGCUUUAAUCCUACAGAUCUUUCCCCAGUGAAGCUUCGGACCCAAGGGAAUGGCAAAACGGUUUAUCCAUCCUCUGUUUAUAGAAAUGGAACAGACAUCAUCUAUAAUUAUCAUGGCAUGAUUUCCCUGAAACUGGAGGAUGACAGUUCCCCAGCUCAUAAGAAGAAGGCCCAAGUGCCCAUCACUAGUCAGCCACUUAAGACAAGCAAAGUGGCAGAAUUGCCUCAAGCAGAUAAGGUGGAAUCCACAAUGGACUCACACUUCCCCAGACAGGACCGGUUGCCCUCAUUCCCAAGGGACUGCACACUGGAAUUAAAGGGACUCUUUCACUUUGAAGAAAGCCUCCAAAAGCUAUAUAAAUGCAAUGGGAGGGCCUGGAAAGCUUGGAGCCCCAAAACCCCGGUGGGACACAGACCGAGCAGCCGACAUCCUUUGCUUGCAGAGGUGGAAGGCAAACCCUGCCCAGCUGGGUGGCACCGUCACUCAGGCUACUGCCACUCCUUGGUCACAGAGCAGAAAGGCACCUGGAGCACAGCUGCCGAAGCUUGCAGGGAACAUCACCAGGGCAGCCUUGUAACGGUGCUCUCCAGGCAGCAUAUGCGAUGGCUCUGGGAUAUCAGUGGAAGAAAGCCCUUUUGGAUAGGUUUGAAUGAUCAAGUACGUGCUGGUCACUGGGAGUGGAUUGGAGGUGAGCCUGUCAGCUUCACCAACUGGAAGAGAGGACCCCCUCGACAUUCAAAGCCUGGCAAGAACUGUGUUUUGGUUCAAAGACAAGGGAAAUGGCAAACACAGAACUGUAGGAAGGGCAAAGCUCACAAUUAUGUGUGCUCCAGGAAACUCUAAAUGUAACUGGCCUUAAUUGGCCUUACAGGUUGUACACUUGGGAUUUCUCAUCUAUUUAUUUACAGAAUUUGUGACUAUUGCUCAAUAGAAAACAAGAUGUCACGACUGACUUGGUACAUUUUUUUAAAUCAUAGUGUUUGAGUGAUUCUACCCAGUAAAAAAGGAUCAUAGAUGAAUAGUUCCAGGAAGAUUGAUAAAUGAGUGUUUCCUACAGGAAUAAAUGCCUGAAGUAUUAUAUGGUGCAAGAUUUGCUAAUUCCAGAACCCCCAUCCCAACCCCACUCUGUAUCUUGGUCAGUGCUAGUUCCACGGUUCUUGGGUAUUUGUGUCCCUGUCCCUCAAAUGAGCCCAUUCCGAAGUCUAUAUUGCAGGUGUUUCUGCUGCUUCAGUCUGAGUGAAGCUAACCCUACCAGUUCAUUAGAUCAAGUUUGAACUGCAAAAGGUUGCUUUUUCCCUCUGGAGCCCUUUCAAAUGUGAAGCCUGAGAUAGAGAACGUGGAUACAAAGGAAAUUUCUCUGUGGUGGAAAAGGAAGGCUUUCAAUGCAAGAAUCUUGCAGAUGGAGGUUCAUCUGCAAAACUCUAUCUAGUUCAGGCAAGAAUUCAGGAGCUCCUUGUACUUCAGAGAUUUACCCAUCACUACUCAUGAGACAUUUUCCAGUAUGAAUGUUGGCAUUGUUCCAUUUCAAAGCUAAUGAUUAGAUUUCCCUGGCCUUACAGAGUCAUGAGAAAUUUUAAGUAACCCAAGACUCUGUCUUCAUUCGUGUUUAUAGCACUGACUGGCACUCCUCAAGGACAUUCGGGACAGAGAAUAUAAAUGAAUGAUGGUUGACACAUGGAGGCAAAAUACUGCUUCCUCAGAGGUGUCCCAGUGAACUACUCUGAUGAACAAGGAAUAGUAAAACUGAGCACAGAGCCCUUCGAAGCCUAUAUUCUCAGAAAGGAUUCUGAUACAGUUUUGAAGCCUUAAAUCUUCAAUAUUUGUAGAAAUGCCAGGUGAACUUGAAUCUGCAGUCUAAAGGUAGCUUACUGAUUUAAUGUCAGCUUAGUAAAACAUUUUUGUAGCAGUGAAGCAUAUUGCAACCUUACAAGAACUCCUUCCUGAAAUCAAAGUUUAAUUACAGGAAAUUAGAAAUUUAUUUCUGAAACAUUUACUCAAACUUUUCCUCUUUCACAAUCCCUGAAAAAUAUGGUUGUGCCAAAUGUAACUUGCUAUAUGAGUACUAGUAUAACUUCAGAAUCAAAAUGGAAUUUCCAAGCAGACUAGAGCUAAGGCAUAGGUUUUAUUAUAAUAAUACCUUGAAUGAAAAAAUUUGGUCCAGUUUCUGGAUAUAAAAUGUGACAAGCUUAUUUCUGCUUAUUUUUCAAGAUUUUUAUUAAUAGAAAUAUAUACAAAGAGAGGCUGGGAUAAGAUUUAGACAUUCUACCACUUACAUUUAAGCAUCACUGUAGAACCAGGAGGCUCCAUACCUUUGAUAUCACAAGUAGGCUCUGGGCUGGUAGAAUAUACAGGUCAUCUGUAUGAACGACAAGCACUCUGUGGUGUUUAACCAUAAGAUGCAACACCCAUCCUUCGUGCUGGCUCCAGUCCCUUCUGAUCUGCUGGCCUUUGCAGUGUGGGAAGGUGGGAUGCCAGAUAAGGCAAUGAAUAGUUGUUUACCUAAAGGGUUACCUCAUAGGAGGGAAAGAAAAAGUUCAAGGAACAAAGAAUUCAAGGUCCAGUCCUUCCUACUAGAACUUUAGAACUAUAUUAACUUUUUAAAACUGGAAAUCCAGAACCAUGACAACUGUGUAGAACCUGGUCAGCAUGGUAGAUUUUAUUGUAAAUUUCUGCAAUGACAGUGAUAUUUAAGUGUAAUUGUGAAUGUUAGCAUGAAGAGAGAAUAUUUUGAUUUUUAUAGCAGCUAGAAAAAUGAGAAUACUUAAAAAAUAUGCCUGAUCAUGAAAUGAAGUGAAAUCCUAGGAACUGAAAGAAGUUACAAAUUAAAAUUCAGGCAAGGUUAGGUUCAUCAUGGGCCACGUUCAUCAUGAUCUCAUUUCUUUCUCCUGAUUGAACUUUUACUCAGGAUGGGAAGCAGUAAAUGAUUGUUGUGGUUCUCUCCACCUUGAUUGAUUACUGUCACCCUUCAGGUUCUGGUGAGAGUAGGAUGGAAGGAAAUGGAGUAGUGGUAGAAUGGGAAUGGGAGAUUAUAGGAAAGGAAAGGGGAGAGAGGAGAGAAGGGUUGAGUAGGAAGAGAUGGGGACUGAUGGUCCCUGAGAAGCAGAGCAUCAGAAAGAAGGUCCUGAAUGCCACCCAGCUCUUCUCCCAGACUUGACUACUGCUCAGAAAUGUUCAGCCCAGGGCAUUGACCCAGCUGAAUAGUAUGUAGCUUUGAAUGAUGAAUGAUAAAAUUCACCAUAUACUUGAAAACAUUAUUGUAAGUGAAAAAAAGAUGGACACAAAAGGCCAUGUAUUAAAUGAUUCCAUUUAUAUGAAAUGUCUAGAACAGACGAAUCUAUAAAGACAGAAAGAAGAUGAAUUUAGUUGUUGCCAGGGGUUGGGAGGAAGGGGAAAUUGGGAGUAACUGCUGAUAAGUAUAGGGUUGCUUUUUGAAGGGAUGGAAAUGUUCUGGAAUUAGAUAGUGGUGAUGGUUGCACAACAUAGUGCUACUAAAAAUCACUGAAGAGAACACUUUAAAAUGGUGAAUUUUAUGUUACAGACAAUGUAUCUCAAUAAAAAACACUAUUAAAAAUCACCAUAUAAAAUCUUUUUUAAAUAGCUAUCGAUGGGUUGAUGUAUUUGCUACAUGUUUAUCUGACUUAUCCAAGAUACUUAUUCCAAUCUUUGCCCUAUGUAUCACCCAAGUUUUUAUUUGUUCAUAUAGUUGGUUAAGGGGAAGAGAAUGUUAAUUGUACAUAUUUUUAAAUUUAUGGUACUGCUUUGUUGAUCUUCUUCCUCUUUCUCCCCAUUAACGAGGGGAGACCUGUGUCUGAAUGUCUGUAGAAUCCAGAGUGCCAUGAUUUUCUUAAAAUUAAUUUUACAAGUCUUUUGAACAGGAACAUGCAGGAAAUGAAUACACAUAUAACUGUUCAUUUUGAACAGUUUUUAUAGAUCUUAUAUUCUGUUGGGCAAUAAAAUUUAGUUUAUCUUAAGACAGAGAGGAAUAAAAAUCAGCCAACACUUCCAUCGAACGCCUUGUGGUAACCUGCAAUAGUUUUCCCAAGCAAUGAAGUUAUAAGUUCACCUUUUGCUUCUAUCCCUGUCUGUAUUUUUGCUUCCCAAAGGCAGUCAAUCCCAACUUAGCCUACAGAAGAAAAAUGGAAAUAUACAUAUACCAUCCUAAAACUGAUCAAAAGAACUGGAUCGGCUAUAUUAAUAUCAGAGUAGAUUUUAGAGUAAAGACUAUUACCAAGGAUAAAGAAGUUAUUCUAUAAUUUAAAAGUGGUCAAUACAUCAAGAAGACAUAAUAAUCCUAGACAUUCAGCAUCUAAUAACAAAGUUUAAAAAUACAUGAAGCAAUAACUGCAAGAAGAAAUAAAAAAAUAUAUAAUUACAGUAUUAAAUGUUAAUACCCCUCUCAAUAAUUGAUAGCACUAGUAAGCAGAAAAUUAGUAAGGAUACAGAAAUGUAGACACCGUUAACCAAAUUAGCUUAGUUGACAAUUAUAAAAUGUUUUAUCCAGCAAUAGCAUGACACACAUUCUCUUCAAGUGCCCAGGGAACAUUUACCAGGGCAGGCUAUAUUCUAGGACAUAAAAUGAGUCUCAAUAAAUUUAAAAGGAUUCAAGUCACACAAAAUAUGUUCUCUGACCAUGUGCAAUUAAAUUAGAAAUCAAUAACAGAAAUAUCUCUAGAAAGUCCCCAAGUGUUUAGAAACUAAUUAUAGAUUUCUUUAACUCGUGGGUUAAAGAAGAAAUCAAAGGGGAAAUUCAAAAGUAUGGUGAACUGAAUGAAAAUGAAAACAACGUAUCAAAGAAAUUUUACAACAGUAAUUAUCUAUAUUAGAAAGGAAGAAAAGUCAAUCUCAGCUUCCACUUGAAACUAGAAAAAGAAGAAAGAAAUAAGGAAAUAGAAAUUAUCAGAGCAGAAAUCAAUGAAGUAGAAAACAAAAACAGUAGAUAAAAUCAAUGAAAUCAAAGUGGGUUCAUUGAGAAUAUCAAUAAAGUCGGUAAAUCUAUCCAGAUAGAUCAGGAAAAAAUGAAAGAGGUCAUAGAUUACUAAUAUCAGGAAGGAGAAGUAACAUCCUCAUAGAUUCUAUAGCUACUAAAAGAAUAAGAAGGGACUAUCAUAAAGAAUUUGUGCCAAUAUACAACCUAAACGAAUGGAAAUAUUCCUGGAAAGACACAACCUGUCAAAGCUCAAUCAAGAAAAAAAUGGAUAACUAGAAAAACCUUGUUAAUUAUUACAGAAAUUGAAUUUGUAGUUUUAAACUUUCUCACAAAAGUUCAGGCUCAGAUAGCAUCAAUACUGAAUGCCAUAAAUACUUAAGGAAGAAAUAGUACCAAUUCUACAAACAUCAUCCAGACGAUCUCAGUGAAGGAAUAUUUUCUCAUUCUGUGUGGCUAGUAUUACAAGGAACACAAAUAUUAUAUGACAAGGAAACUACAGAUCAAUAUCCCUCAUGAAUAUAGAUGGAAAAAUUCAAAACAAAAUUUGCCAAUUCAAAUCAAACUAUAUAUACAAAGGAUGCUAUAUCUUGACCAAGACACUAUUAAGAAAAUGACAAGCUGCAGACUUGGAGACAAUAUUUACUACAAAAUAGCUGAUAAAGGAUUUGUAGCCAGACUAGGUUUUUUUCAAAAAACCUCAAAAAUCAAUAUAUAAUAUUUUUUUAAUGGGCAGAAAAUUUAAAUAGAUACUUCACCAAAGAGGUUUUGGAAUGACAAGUACAUGAAAAAAUAUUAACCUAUUAGUCCUUAGGGAAUUGUAAAUUAAAGGCACAAUAAAAUUUUUUAACAUUCAUGUUAGAAUGGCUAAAAUUAUCAAGACUGACCAUAGUAAAUACUGGUAAGGACAUGAAGGAACUAGAACUCUCAGACACUCAUGGUGGAAAUGUCAAAUAGUUGAAUGACUUUGGAAAACAAUUUUGGUGGAUUCUUAAAAAGUUAAGCAUACACCUACUGUAUGAUCCAGCCAUUCCACUCCUAGGUGUUUGUCCAAGAGAAAAGAAUGCAUAUUUCCAUUCCAAGACUUAUAGAUGAAUAUUCAUAGCAGCUGUAUUUGUAACAGCCAGAACUGUAAACAACCAAAUGUCCAUUAUCAUGUGAAUGGAUAAACAAAUUAUAGUAUAUCUUCAUAAUGAAAUACUACUCAGGGACAAAAACAAAUGAAAUAUUGCUACAACAGCCUAAGUUAUUCUCACAAUCAUUAUGCUGAGUAAAAGAAGUCUGACAAAAAUGAAUACACAGUGUAUAUGUACUCCAUUUUUAGAAAAUUCAAGAAAGUUCCAACUAGUCCGUAGUGAUAGAAAUUAAAUCAGAUGUUACCUGAGAAUGGGAGAAGAGAACUGGAAGGUCAGAGGAAGGGCAAAGAGACAAUAGUAAACUUUUGGGAGUGAAGGAUAUGUUCACUAUCUUGAUUAUACUAAUAGUAUCACAAAUAUAUAGAUAUGUAUAUAUGCAUGUGUUUAUUCAUCUCUAUCCAUUUGCACACUUUAUGUAUUGUUUAUUGUAUGUCAAUUCUAUUUAAAUAAGCUGUUUAAAGGGAAACAAUAUCCACAGCAUGGUGGAAAAUUUUCAAAAGAAAAUGAAAGCUAUAUACAUGAAGAUAUCUUUAUUUCAGGGCAAUAAAAAGUUGGAACAAAAUUAUGUGAUUUAAUAUCCAAUGACAGAAGAAUGCUUAAUGGAAUUGCCUCCAUUGGAAUGAUCUUUCUAUCACAUUAUGUUAAUUUAAAAUAGUGGAACAUAAAAUAAAAUAUGCAACAUUUUAAUAGCUACAUUGCAAUAAGCAAACUGAUGGGAGACAAACAUGAGGUGGGUUUGUAUCUCAAUUCCACCAUUUACAAAGUAUCCUAAAUUCUUUAAACUUAGGUUUCUCAUGUAGAAAAUGGGGAUAAUCAUAUUACCUGGAAGAACUGUUGCGAAAAUUAAAUGUGAAACUAUAAAGACCAUGUGUGGGACAUAGUAAGCACUCAAUAAAGGAUACCUUUUUAAA